CAAAUCGAAUGCAAUCAACCUUCAACCGAUAGAAAAAAAAGCCUAAACGGGCGCCCGGUGUGAUUAAUCGAACCUCAUCACUGGGAACUAAAUGCCGCCUUCAAAACAACAGGAAACUCGGUAAUAUCCGACUUUAGUAGCCUAAAACAACAGGGAACUCUGAAAAGACUAGCUCCGCCUGGGAAAGUCGUUUUGAACGGUCAACUCAGAAUCCAAAGUCGGUAACUUCGCCAUCUUUCUUUUGCUCUGACUUUUCGACCUGAAGAUCACUGACGUCAUGAUUUGACCUAGUUUUUGUCUGCGUUCUCAGUUGUCUUGAAAGCACCAUUAGAGCUUACAUUUUGAAUGGCAUACUUAUUUACAUUUUAUGCGGACUGGGGAUGAGGAAAAUGCGUUAUCUGAAAGGGAAAGUGUCAAUAACAUAUUCGCAUGUGGAUAUUUGUAAUAAACUACAUAACCAAAAGUGUGUGGACACCUGCUCGUGGAACAUCUCAUUUCAAAAUCAUGGGCAUUAAUAUGGAAUUGGUCCCCCCCCCCCCCUUUGCUGCCAUAACAGCAUCCACUCUUCUGGGAAGGCAUUCCAGUAGAUGUUGGAACAACGCUGCAGGGCCUUGCUUCCAUUCUUCCACACCGAUCUCGACAAAUAAUUUAUGUGUGGACCUCGCUUUGUGCACGGGGGCAUUGUCAUGCUGAAACAGGAAAGGCUCUGCCACAAGAUGGAAGCACAUAAUCGUCUGGACUUUAAUAUAAUUGUAUGCUGUAACAUUAAGAUUUCCCUUCACUGGAACUAAGGGGCCUGGACCGAACCAAGAAAAACAGCCCCAGACUUCCUGUUUCCAUUACAGCUGUCGUGAUUUUUUGUAUAUGGUGUGCUUAAUCAAAUAAAAACUGUGGAUGAAACGUGGUUAGUGACACUUCUCUGAGAGGCUUUUAUUUCAAAACUUUAAAAAUCCGUGACCCGGAAGGACUUUUUUUGUGUGUUGCUGACGAGUCGCUGGUCCAUGUGUUGUGGGAGCUGACAUCAAGCUAACGUUAGAAACCUAUGUUUAGAUAAAAAUGAGUUCUCAAAAGGGCAACGCAUCGCGGUCGCGAGGACAAAAGCACCAAAACACGACUGCUUACAAGAACGACAAAUAUGGAGCAAGUGUUCAAGUAAAGAUAGCAAACUCGAAGGUCCACGACGGGUUAUGUCAACGCUGCAAGGAAGUUAUUGAGUGGAAAGUCAAAUACAACAAAUACAAAUCCCUUUCCCAACCUCGAACAUGUGUGAAAUGUUCUCAGAAGACGGUGAAGGAUGCAUAUCACGUCAUUUGUAAAACCUGUGCCCUGAAGCUGGAGCUUUGUGCCAAGUGUGGGAAGAAAGAGGACAUCGUAAUUCCGGUUAACACACAGAAGCAGGGAGAGGAAGAGGAGGAAUACACCAAUCAAAAGAUGACCGGACGUACUCGGAGGAAGGAGGACUUCAAUAAGCUUGAUGAUGACUUUGGUGACUUGGGCAGUGAUGAUGAUGAUGACUUUGCCAGUGACUCGGGUCCUGAGAAGGCAGGAAGCGGCAAGGCCCUUGUCCCUAAUGUGGCACAUGUUACUUUCAAAGACUAAAGACUGCUAAACCAGGAUGAUCCUAAAUGUACCUCCUGUCCAUUUUAUUAAUAUACUUAUCCUCUGAUUAUACAUACUUUUGCUAAGAAGACUCAUCACUAGAUUUAUUCACUCUAAAAUACAAUAGCCUACUUGUGUUGGUACGUUAAAUGGACAAACCCCACUUUCAAUAAACUGUUUUGUAGUAAAUCCUA